AUGAGAUCCCCAUCCCAACAACUACGGCACUACCUCCCAAAAGUUCCCAAAAUUACAUAUACUUCGUAUAUCCAAAUAAGGAAUCGAAAGGAAAGAAAAUGAGUAGCAGCAUAGCUGAGAAAUGGGAGGUGCUUAGCGGCAGCAAGAAAUGGGAGGGCUUACUAAACCCUCUGGACCUAGACCUCCGCAAAUAUCUGAUCCAUUAUGGGGAGAUGACCCAAGUAACCUACGACACCUUCAACGCAGACUUGUUCUCCAAGUUCUGCGGAAGUAGCCGCUACUCCGAGGCCACUCUCUUCUCCAAGGUCGGGCUGGAGAAGUCCAGCCCGUACAAGUACGAGGUUGUCAAGUAUAUCUACGCGACAUCCUCGUACACUGUCCCGGACGCCUUCCUCAUCAAGCCCAUCCCAUUGGGUGCUUGGAGCAGGGAGUCCAACUGGAUGGGGUAUGUGGCGGUGGCGACGGACGAAGGAAAGGCGGCGCUAGGGAGGAGAGACAUAAUCGUGUGUUGGAGAGGGACGAUCCGGGCGUUGGAGUGGGUGAAUGAUUUGGAGAUAAUCAUGCUUCCCGCUCCAAAGAUCUUUCAAACGGGUGGCACUCUUGCCAACGUUCAUAGAGGAUUUUAUUCGAUUUACACCUCUGCCAAUCCGGACUCUGCUUUUAAUGUCAAGAGUGCAAGAGAUCAGGUUAUCGAUGAGGUUAAGAGAUUAGUUGAGCAAUUCAAGGAGGAGGAAGUGAGCAUAACCGUCUGUGGGCACAGCUUGGGAGCAGCCAUUGCAACCUUAAACGCAACAGACAUAGCCUAUGACGGAAUCAACAAAACCACCGACGGCAAGUCUUUUCCGGUCACCGCGUUCGUGUACGCGUGCCCGAGAACCGGAGACCACUUCUUCAAGAAAGUAUUUGACUCAACGCCGAACCUCCACCUGCUACGAAUCCGCAACAUCCCCGACGUGGUCCCGCAAGUCCCACCAGCGACGCCGCUGGUGGGAUACGCGGACGUCGGGGAGGAGUUGACCAUCAACGUGACGAAAUCGAAGUAUGUGAAGCCGAUAGGGGAGUUGGAGAGCUGGCACCUCCUGGAGCCGUACUUGCAUGGGAUAGCGGGAACGCAAGGGGUGGGGCUUCUGGAUGGGUUCGAGCUGGUGGUGAAGCGUGACAUCGCUUUGGUUAACAAGCAGCUGGAUUAUUUGAGGGAGGAGUAUUGCAUUCCUGGGAGUUGGUGGAUUGAGAAGAACAGAGGGAUUGUUCAGAAGGAUGAUGGAACUUGGAUUGUGUUGGAGAAUGAGGAGGGCUACAUUCCUGUUGCAGCAUAAUCAAUUAACAAUAUGCAAGAGGGAUCUAUUAUUAUACAUCUAUUAAUUAAUGACCUAUUAUAUAUUAUAUAUGCAUCUAUUAAUCAAUAAAUGUCAAUGUUUGCAAAUUGCAAGUACAAAACUUUUUAGUAUCUUUGCAAAUUUGGUGAACAAGAUCUCUGGGUUGGCCGUGUGUUUUGUUGUACUCCGUAUCGUAAGUUGUUUCCUUCAAAGAAUAAAUAGUGAUUCUGAGUUGACUUUCUCUGUUUCCUUUUAUUUCCCAUACUAG